AGUGAGACAGACAGCAGCAUCUCCAGUAUCCAGCUGUGUGUCUAUGAAGAGUAAUGACUCGAUUUGUCAGCCUCCCAAUCUCUGUAAUGGAGCAGUGAUUUCUAACUCCAGAGUGAGACAGACAGCAGCAUCUCCAGUAUCCAGCUGUGUGUCUAUGAAGAGUAAUGACUCUAUUUGUCAGCCUCCCAAUCUCUGUAAUGGAGCAGUGAUUUCUAACUCCAGUCUUUCCAGUGAUGAACACAUUGAUCUGGUGAAAUCUGUGAAUCAUCUGACCUGCACUUCCAUUGUGGACACCAACUUCAGUCACAAGAGAAUCAAAGACACUCACAAAACAUGCAUGAAAAACAAGUAUGAGAGCUUAUUUGAAGGAAUCAAAUUACAAAAGAAUCAAGCUUUGCUGAACAGAAUCUACACACAGCUCUACAUCAUUGAAGGAGAGAGUGAAGGAGUGAAUGAAGAACAUGAGGUUGUACAGAUGGAGAAAACACCCAGAACACAUCACUCACAAGACACUCCAAUCUACUGCAAUGACAUCUUUACACCUUUAACUGAACCAGGAUGUGAGGUGAAAGCCAAAAUAAAGGCUGUUUUUACUAAAGGCAUUGCUGGAAUUGGCAAAACUGUCUCUGUGCAGAAGUUCAUUCUAGAUUGGGUGGAGGGCAAAGCCAAUCAGGAUGUAGAUUUCAUGUUUGUGCUUUCAUUUCGAGAGCUGAACUUGAUUAAAGAUCAUCAGUAUAGUCUUCAUAGACUUCUGCUGGACUUUCAUCCUGAACUUCAUGAACUGGACUCAAAGAUUUAUGAGGAGCAUAAAGUUGUGUUCAUUUUUGAUGGUCUGGAUGAAAGCAAACUUGAAAUGAAAUUUUCAGACACUAAAAAAGUUUCUGAUGUUACUGAGAUUUCAUCAGUGAGUGUGUUGAUAUCAAACCUCAUAAAAGGAGAUCUGCUUGCCUCUGCUCUCAUCUGGAUCACCUCCAGACCAGCAGCAGCCAGUCAGAUCCCCUCCAAAUACAUCAGUCGUUUGACAGAAAUUCAAGGAUUCAAUGACACUCAGAAGGAGGAAUACUUUAAGAAAAGAAUCAGCGAUGAUCAUCAAGCCAGCAGAAUCAUCUCACAUAUUAAAAGAGCAAGAAGCCUCCACAUCAUGUGCCACAUACCCAUCUUCUGCUGGAUCUCAGCCACUGUGCUUCAAAACCACCUGAAACAAAAUGACAGCGCAGAAAUCCCUAAAACUCUGACUGAAAUGUACAUACAUUUCUUGCUCAUUCAGACAAAUAUAAGGAAUCAGAAGUGUGAAACAAAGGAUCCAGAGAAGCUCCUUACGUCAAGUAGAGAAAUGCUUGUGAAACUUGCUGAACUGGCUUUCAAACAGCUGAUGAAGGGCAAUGUGAUGUUCUAUGAGGAUGACCUGAGAGAGAGUGGCAUAGAUGUCACUGAUGCCACAGUGUAUUCUGGGAUUUGCACUGAGAUCUUUAAAGAGGAAUCUGUGAUUCAUCAGAGAAAAGUCUAUAGCUUCAUACAUCUAAACUUUCAGGAGUUUCUUGCUGCUUUUUAUGUGUUUUUCUCCCAUGUAGUCAAGAACACAGAAUUACUGCAGUUAUUUCUGGGUCAUAAAUAUGAAAGGUACAGGUCCGAGGACAACUCUCUUUGUGAACUACUAAAAACAGCCGUUCAUAAAACCCUUGAGAGUGAAAAUGGACAACUAGAUCUUUUUCUCCGUUUCCUGCUGGGCAUCUCACUGGAAUCCAAUCAGAGACUCUUAGAAUAUCUACUGAUAAGAACAGAGGACAGCUCAAAAAGCAUAAAAAAUACCACACAGUACAUUAAAGACAAAAUCAAAGAUGGACGUAAUCUCUUUGCUAACAGAUCUAUCAAACUGCUCCUCUGUCUGCUUGAAAUGAAGGACCAGACUCUGUACAGAGAGAUUCAGAAGUUUGUGAAAUCAGACAAACACUCAAAGAAUAAACUCUCUGCUGCUCACUGUUCAGCAAUAACCUACAUGCUUCAGGUGUCAGAGGAGGUGCUGGAUGAGCUUGACCUUAAGAAAUACAACACAUCAAAUAUGGGUAGAAGACGACUGUUACCAGCUGUAAGAAACUGCAGAAGAGCUAAACUUGCAGGCUGUAAUCUCACUGAUGAAUGCUGUGAAAUUGUGGUCUCAGUUCUGCAAUCAUCAGACUCUCUUCUGAGAGAGCUGGACCUGAGUAACAAUAACCUGCAGGACAGGGAAACCAGUCCACAAAGUCAACUGGAGAAACCGAGACUUACAUGCUGUAAUCACACUGAUGGAUGCUGUAAAAGUAAUCUACAAUUAUCAGACCCUCUUCUGAGAGAGCUGGACCUGAGUAUAAAUAACCUGCAGGAAUCAGAAGAGAAUGGUCCACAAUGUCAACUCAAGAAACUGAGACUUGCUAUCUUCAAACUUCUAGAUAAAUCAAUUGAAGAUUUCAGUUUAGCUUCACAACCAUCAAAUUACCAGCAGAGAAAACCAUAUAACAAUAAUAUUCAAUAUUCAGGAAUGGAGCUGCUCUCUGCUGGCCUGAUGAGCCCUUACUGUAAACUGCAGAUUCUCAGACUGGCAAUCUGUAAUCUUACUGAUCAAUCCUGCAAAGGUUUGGCUUCAGCACUUCAGUCAUCAAACUCAUCACUUAGAGAGCUGGACCUGACUAACAAUGAUUUGCAGAAUUCAGGAGUGAAAUUUCUCUGUGCUGGACUGAAGAGUACAAACUGUACACUGAAGAUACUGAGAUUAUCUGGCUGUAUGGUGACCAAGGAAGGCUGUUAUUAUCUGGCUUCAGCUCUAAGGUCAAACCCCUCACACCUGAGAGAGCUGGAUCUCAGCUACAAUCAUCCAGGAGACUCAGGAAUGAAGCUUCUCUCUGAUCUACUGGAGGAUCCACACUGUAAACUGGAAAAACUCAAUGUGGAUCAUGUUGGAGAGGUCAUGAUUACAGCAGGACUACGCAAGUAUGCCCGUGAUCUCACACUGGAUCCAAACACAGUAAACAUUCAUCUCUGUCUGUCUGAGGAGAACAGAAAGGUGAUACGUUUGGAGGAGCAGCAGUCAUAUCCUGAUCAUCCAGAGAGAUUUGAUUUCUUUCCUCAGGUUGUGUGUAGAGAGAGUCUGUCGGGACGCUGCUAUUGGGAGGUUGAAUGGAGCGGGUGGAGGGGGGCUGUUAUAUCAGUGGCACAUAAAGAAAUAAGUAGAAAAGGAGGCAGUGACGAUUGUAGAUUUGGGUUCAAUGACAAUUCCUGGAGCCUUGAUUGCUCUGAUGACAUUUUCACUGUCUGGCACAAUAAAAAAAGCACUGACAUACCCGUCCCACACUCCUCUAAGAGAGUCGGAGUGUAUCUGGACUGGCAGGACGGCACUCUGUCUUUCUACAACAUCUCUGACACACACACUCUCACGCACUUACACACAUUUUACUCCACAUUCACCAAACCCCUCUGUGCUGGAUUUAGGGUUUCUAUUGACUCUUCAGUGUCUUUGUGUCAGAUGUGUUAGAUGUGUUUUCAAAAGUCUUGUUAACUAGAUUUUGGCUUAUUGGAUUCCUUUUUUUAUUGCUGUUUCUGUUGUAAUUUUAUUGUUUAAAUUGUGUUUAAUGUUUAUUGAUCUUUAACAAAACUAAUGUUUAUUUGAAUUUAUUUAUCCAAAAUGAGCCAAGAUACAUUUUCAGAAAUUUCAGUUCAAAAAUUAGUUAAUUCUGAUUCUGUUGCAUAGAACAGAAAAUAAUUGAUAUUUAUUAUUAAUAUAU